AUGGCGGUGAAGGAGCGCGUGGAGGCAGUGCUGAACGUGGGCCUGCGUGUGCCCAGCAUCAUGCUGCUUGAUGUCCUUUACCGCUGGGACGUAGGCUCGUUCUUCCAGAAGAUCCAGCGAUCCAGCCUGUCCAACAACCCCCUCUUCCAAUAUAAGUACCUGGCGCUCUACCUGCACUAUGUCGGUUACAUUCUGAGUCUGGUGCUGCUCACGCUUCCUCGUCAGCACCUGGUCAAGCUUUACCUCUACGUGCUCACCGCUCUGCUGCUCUUUGCUGGCCACCAGGUGUCCAGGGACUACGUGCGCAGUGAACUGGAGUCCGGACAUGAAGGCGCUGUUUACCUGGAGCCGCUCUCCAUGAAGAGAUUCACCACUGCGCUCGUAGGUCAGCUCGUGGUGUGCACGCUGUGUUCCUGCGUGAUGCAGACCAAACGGAUCUGGCUGUUCUCGGCCCACCUGCUUCCCCUGGUGGCCCGUCUGUGCCUGGUGCCUCUGGAGACCAUAGUUUUCAUCAACAAGUUUUCCAUGAUCUUCACGGGCCUUGAGGUCAUCUACUUCCUGGCGUCCAACCUGCUGGUGCCGUACAACCUGGCCAAGACGGCUUAUCGGGAGCUCGUUCAGGUGGUGGAGGUUUAUGGUCUUCUGGCUCUCGGGAUGACCUUGUGGAACCAGCUGGUCCUGCCUGUCCUCUUCAUGUGCUUCUGGCUACUGCUCUUUGCUCUUCAAAUCUACUCCUACUUCAGCACCCGUGACCAGCCCACCUCCAGAGAGAGGCUUCUCUUCCUCUUCCUCACCAGCAUCGCCGAGUGCUGUAGUACGCCGUACUCUCUCCUGGGCCUGGUGUUUACAGUUUCCUUCAUCGCGCUCGGUGUCCUCACACUCUGUAAGUUCUACCUGCAAGGAUACCGAGCGUUCAUCAAUGACAACACCAUGCACAGGGGCAUGACUGAGGGCAUCACCUUGCUGAUCCUGGCCGUCCAGACCGGACUAAUUGAGCUGCAGGUCAUCCACCGAGCCUUCCUCUUGUCCAUCAUCCUCUUCAUCGUGGUGGCCUCCAUCCUACAGUCCAUGCUGGAAAUCGCCGACCCCAUCGUCUUGGCGCUGGGGGCCUCCAGAGACAAGAGUUUGUGGAAGCACUUCCGAGCUGUGUCGCUGUGCCUCUUCCUGCUCAUCUUCCCAGCCUAUAUGGCGUACAUGAUCUGUCAGUUCUUCCACAUGGACUUCUGGCUCCUCAUCAUCAUCUCGUCCUCCAUCCUCACGUCGCUGCAGGUGCUGGGUACUCUGCUCAUCUACGUGCUUUUCAUGGUGGAGGAGUUCCGCAAGGCUCCAGUGGAGAACAUGGAUGAAGUUAUCUACUGCGUUAAUGGGACAUACAGGUUACUGGAGUUUUUGGUGGCAGUUUGCGUGGUGUGCUACGGCGUGUCGGAGACUGUGUUCGGCGAGUGGAGCGUGAUGGGAAGCACUAUCAUCCUGGUGCACUCGUACUACAAUGUGUGGCUGCGGGCACAGCUGGGCUGGCAGAGUUUCCUCCUGCGCCGAGAUGCCGUUAACAAGAUCAAGAGCCUCCCCACCGCCAGUGAUGCGCAGCUACGCCAUUACAAUGAUAUCUGCGCCAUCUGCUACCAGGACCUGAGCAGCGCUGUCAUUACGCCGUGCAGCCAUUUCUUCCACGCGGGCUGUCUGAAGAAGUGGCUGUAUGUGCAGGAAACGUGCCCGUUGUGUCACGCGCAACUCAAGAGCCAAUCGGCCGCCGACGCGCCCUCGCCCAAUCGCGCGCCUGCAGGACAGGAAGAGGUUGGCCAGGAGAAGGCGGCGGAAGAAGACGGAGCCCCAUCUUCCUCCUCCGGCGUGCCUGUCGCAGCUUCCUGUCCGGAAGGAGGUGACAACGCAGGAGGCGGAGCUUCGGGCCAAAGUGACAUCCUAUUGGAUGGUGGCCAAACAACAACUAACGUCUUCAAAAGCUCACAUGACCAAACAGAUGAUGUCGUCGGCAUUUGA